UUGCUGAAUCGAUCCAAUAUCUUCUAUGCAUCACCUAUGAAAUAUGACCUCAUAUACACCUUAGUGAAACCGUUAGUCCGCUGUAGCUGUCAUUAAUUAUCAAGACCACACUUAGGGGCUAGUUGUACUUUCAAAUUGCCAAAAGCAUUAAAUAAGUAGUACAUGCAGUAAUUCCAGAAAGAAUUGCAAGAAUCAGAUGAUCUGUAUCAGUAGAUAAAAGUGUAAUUCUAUGGAGAACAUUCUGAUGGAUGCUAUAGAAUUGUCAUUUCGUGUUUCCUCUCUUUUUGGCUGGCACUCUAAUAUAGUCUAUUAGACUAAGCAUAAUCCUACCUAAAGUUCUAAACCAUUCCAUUCUUUGCCAACCAUUUUCGUACUUAGGCCGACUGCCAAUAUUGAUGCGCCAAGUGGUCGACAUAUGCCUCCGGACGCUUGGCACCCUUCAAGCCUAAGCUCAGUGGCACCUCAUCAGUUUAAUAACUUCGGGUGGGACAAUCCUAUGGGUCUAAUGGGUGGCACUGUUACACCAGCAGCAGAUUAUGGUGCUUUUCGACCUCAGAUGUUUCCUGGGAAUGGUCAGACAGGUCUGCUGAUGUCAUCUCAUAUGGGCAUAAACCCUUACUCGUUACAAGGGCAUCAUCUAGGGUGGCAGCAGAUCCCGCCAUUGCAAAAGCCACCUAGGCCACCGCAUAAUUUCCCUGUACAAUUGCAGAAUCAGCAGGGGCAGCAGUCCUUGGGGCCUGGUUGUUUUGGCCAGAAUGUACCAUCUAUGCAAUUACCUGGCCAGCUUCCUGUGUCACAGCCAUUGACGCAGCAAAAUGCUUCUGCAGGCGCUCUACUGGCGCCUUCGGCUGUACAGUCCAAUCCCAUGCAACCUGUUCCUGGACAACAGCAACUUCCGUCCAAUGUGACACCACAAUUUCUGCAACAACCAAUCCAGCAGAUGCCAUCACAAGCACCACAAUUGCUACUCCAGCAGCAGCCAGCUUUGCAGUCCAAUUAUCAGUCUUCACAGAACCCGAUUUUUCAGCUUCAGCAUAAGCUUGGCGUGCAAGAGGGAAAGCUUGACACGAGAGCAGAACAGCUUGGUGAGCAAGAGGGCAAGCUUUACAUGAGAGCAAAACAGCUUGGCGAGCAAGAGUGCAAGCUUGACGCGAGAGCAAAACAGCUUGGUGAGCAAGAGGGCAAGCUUGACGCUAGAGAAAAGCAGCUUGCCGAGCAAGAGUGCGAGCUUGACACAAGAGCAAAACAGCUUGCCGAGCAAAAGUGCAAGCUUGACGUGAGACCAAAACAGCUUGGCGAGGAAGAGGGCGACAUGCAAGCAAUGGAGUCGCUCAUGAAGGCAUUGGUUACAAAGGAAAGAGAAAGUAAUGACGAGCUGCAAAGUACUCGGAAGAUGCUCAUACAGGCUUUGCAGAAAUUGACAAAUGGUCGGUCACAUAUAGGUGUCAAAAGAAUGGGCGAACUUGACCCUAAAACGUUCGCGAAUGCUUGUAGAUCAGAUGUACCACAUGAGGAUGCCCAAUUUAACUCCGCUGUUCUUUGUUCGAAAUGGCAAGCGGAAAUUGCAAACUCGGAGUGGCAUCCUUUUAGGAUAGUCACUGUUGAUGGUAAACUAAUGGAAAUUCUCUUGGAGGACGACAAGAAGCUCCGUGAAUUGAAAGAAGAGCAAGGCGAGGAGAUCUACGGCUUGGUGACAAAGGCUCUGCGUGAAAUCAACGAGUACAACCCCAGUGGACGCUACAUCGAAACGGUGCUGUGGAACUAUAAGGAAGACCGAAAAGCGACGCUGCAGGAAGCCGUCCAGUUCGUCCUCAAGCAGUGGCAGUCACACAAGAGAAAGCGCUGAUCUGCAGGCUAGGGUGUCCUUCUUUUGCUUUCACAAAACAUGUACUAGUCUAACUUGACUUAAUGUAAUCAUAGUUAGUGCCAGUGGAUCAGCUGAGAGGUCUGUAGUGAUUCACUGGUUCCUGAUGAUCAUGGAACUAGAUGGAUCGCAUUUUGUUUUCUACUAGCUGGAUACAGUUUAGCUAGAUGCUCCUGUUGUAUACCCUUGGCAUGUAUGGAUGCUGCUACAAAUCCCAGAAAUGUAGUAUUUAGCUUUCCUCUUAA